GUAAAUAAUAAUUUUUAUAAUUUAUUCAACUGGGUAAAUAAGAUAAAAUGUAUAUUUACUUUGUGCCAUAGAUGCAGAGGUUUAAAAACUUAACUACUUUAUUUCCCCAAAUUAAUAGUUAAAGAGUCUGUGAUUUCUUUUCUCUCAUAAUUUAGGCUUCAUACAUAACCUUUCUGUUGUAGGGAAAUCUAGCAUUAACUAAAAUAACAUAAAAAUCUUCACUUGUGUUAUAGAAAAGUAUUAUUUUAUGUACUGCAGCUUUUCUGAUUUAACUGUAACUUUUUAAAUAACUAAAGCAAUUAAAUUCAAAUUUAAACUAAUGGGAGAAUAAAUAAAACCUCAUGGUUAAUAUUACCUGAUAAAGAUUUUCUUUGAAGUUAUCAAGACAUAAGGAGUUAUGAAAGAUGGUAGUUAUAUCUUUCAAUUGUGCAUCUUAACAGCAAUAUUAGUAACUCAUAUUUAUGACUUUUAAUAAAACUAGAACUCAUUUCCAGAUGUUCUACAUUCUAAUUUCAGUAAGAAAGAUCAUCAUACUUUUAUAGAAAUAUCAGAGUAUGCAAAUCUCAAUGCAUGUUGAAACCCCAUAUUAUAGAUAAUAAUAGUGAACAUUUAGCAGCAGGCAUGGUGUUAAGCACUUUACAUACAUUAUCGAGUUUAAUCCUCCUAAAGAAGCUCCCAAGGAUAAAUUAAGUGUUAUCAUCCACCCUAUGUUAUCCACUGGGAAAGUGAGACUUAGAAACAUUAAAUAAUUUGCCUAGGGAUAUUCAGCUAGUAGGAAGCAGCAUUAGUGUGCAAACUCAUGCCAUCUAACUCUAGGACCUGAGCAUUUUAUUCCAGUGCUUUGCCAUGACUGAUGGAGUGAUUCAGCAACCAGUACUAUAUUUCAUCACUACUUACGAUACUGAUCCAGGAUUCCAUACCAUAGCAGGAUUUCCCUACUCUUGGGAGCAUUUGCAAAUGUGUAGAGAAUCCCCUGACUGUCACAGUAACUGGGUAUGUUAAUGGCCUUUAGUGGGCAGUAUCAUGAUGUGCCAAACCCAAAUCAAUUGUUCUGCCCAAAAUGUCACAGUGUUUCCUAUUGAGAAAGUGAGUUGACAGAAAUCCAAAUAAAUUGCAUUAACACUCAAUCCUAAUAUAGCUAUAGUAGAUCAAUAAUAGGAAAGAUCUGUUAAUUUAUUUUUUGUCUCUGAACAAUGAUCAGAGGUCUGAAAAAAUGGCAAUAUUACAAUCAAAGUAGAUAUUAUUCCUGGCAGCACUCACAGACUACAAGUGAAGGAUGAGAUUUUGUCCCUUCAUGUAUGGAACUGCAAUUGGUUAGUGAACUCAAGUGCACUAGCAUUGUAUUUAGAGACCAUCUACUUCUAGACAUCUAGAGGCAAUAGGUGUCAUUAUAACAAAAUGAUGCCUGACUGGACACUUUAUUAUAGACCAAUAUAGGCUAGACCAAAACUAAGAGUAAAUCAGAGUGGAAGAUAUAUAAACAAUGCUAUAAUACAACUUUGUGAUUUACAUGGGACACAUGACAGGGUCCCAUAACUUAACAAUUAUUCUCUUCAGGGAUGACCUACUUAUAUACGACUUGAUAAGACAGGGCAACAGGAUUUUGUUGAACAUAUUAGAAAACCAUAUUAGGGACAAUAAUUAUUGAGUUUUAAAUGAUUUUUUGAACUAUACAUGAUUUUUAAAAGUGCUCUUAGUAGCAACCUUCCCAAGGUGAAAGAAAAAUGAAUUCUUAGUUCUGAGUCUGUAUGAAAAGCAUUAAUUGCCAAAUCCAUCAUAUGUCUCUCAGAGAAAUAAUUAUCCAAAAAUAGAAGAUUUGAGUGAUCAACGUUGAAUGUGAUUGAUAAGUACUCAUAAAUCAAUAUGCUGCAUUAACAUGCCCAGAAACUUUCAAUUUAGAAAUGCCAGCAAAUUCACAUAUAAUAGAAGCAAAAAUACUGCAUUAAAUUGUUGAUUCUAUGGACUCAAUUUAUAAUUCCACCCCCUACCCAAUUUUAAAGCCAAUGCCUGUUCCUUUGUACAAAUGCCUUAGAAUUGAGGAAAUUUGUGUUUCUGUAUAAAAUAUUCUUAUGAAUUUAAGAUAACUGUUAGAAAGAUGACAUUUAUGAUUUUAAAGCCUAGUUUUAAGAUUACAUGGUAUUUUUUGAAUGUUAAAUCAUUCAUUAACUUAUAAAGCUGAUAUUUCACAAAUUUCAUGAGCAUUGUUGAAUAUCAAAUGAACCAAUUAAAGGCCUUUCUGUGGCAUCUAUUCUGUAUUUCUUUUAAUAGCCAACCUUCUCUUCUCUAUUACCCCAAGUUCAAACAACAGCUGUUCCAAACUGAUAAGGUUCAGACGACGCUGCCUUAAUUGAGAAAUGCCUAGUCAUUAUCAAUGAAUUAGUGAAAACAACCUCAGUGUCAUCCAAAAUAAAUUACAUUCAAAUUUUAUUUCAGGAGGCAAUUUCCCCACUAACUUAAGAAGCAGAGUUAAUUUUUGAGAUGCAGGAUCUGACCAGAUGCAAUAUCGUUGGAGCUAGCAAGGUUUCAGAUCUUUGGGAAAUCAGCCAAAAGGCUUCUGACAUAAAAAUAUGAAAUCUAGCAUGAACUUCUUAAGUAGCUAAUCUAGCAUAAAAUAUUUCCAGAGACUCUUUAGUCUUGCAAAUAAACAUGGUAAUGCCUGGGUUAGAUUUGUAGGAGUGUUAAUUAUUGGUCUCAAUGACAAGAUUUACAUUAUUCUUUUAGAUUCUAAUUCAGUAUAACUAUGAUGAAUAAGAUAUGAGUCUUAAUAUUUGAAUUUCUUAACUUUUCUAAUGGAGAAUGUCUUGAACAUAAUUAAAGUAACAGCAUUUAAUUUCCAGAAUUAUUUUCCUUCUUAAUUCUUUAGGUUUAUAGAAGUAUAAGUGCGUAUCUAUGAAUAAUAGGCACUGUGUUUAUUAAGGACAGUUUUAACCCGGUCAAUUAUUGCUAAUUUGCUGUCAUCCACUUGCAGUGUCACACAGAUUAGUGGGCGGAGGAGGAGUACUGUGUAAUACACAGGAGUUUUCCACAGAAAAUGGCAUAUUUUGUUUCUUCUCUCAAUAAAAUUUCAAUGUUUCAAACAUAUGCAGAGGUCACUAUGAUUUUUCCUUCACAAGGAAGCAUUCGAGGUGGCACCACGCUGACAAUAAGUGGACAGUUCUUUGAUCAGACAGAUUUCCCCAUCAGAGUUCUAGUUGGAGGUGAACCUUGUGAUACUUUGAAUGUCACGGAAAAGAGUAUAUGUUGCAAGACACCCCCAAAACCUCAUAUUCUCAAAGCUGUAUAUCCAGGAGGGAGAGGCCUGAAGCUUGAGGUAUGGAAUAAUAGUCGUCCAAUACAUCUGGAAGAGAUACUGGAAUACGAUGAAAAAACCCCCGGGUACAUGGGUGCCAGUUGGGUAGAUUCAGCUUCCUAUAUUUGGCCUAUGGAACAAGACACAUUUGUUGCACGCUUUACUGGAUUUUUGGUGGCCCCAGAUUCUGAUGUUUAUAGAUUCUACAUCAAAGGUGAUGACCGUUAUGCUAUUUAUUUUAGCCAGACUGGACUUCCAGAAGAUAAGGUGAGGAUUGCAUAUCAUUCUGCUAAUGCCAACAGUUAUUUUUCCAGUCCAACGCAAAGAUCAGAGGAUAUUCAUCUGCAGAAAGGAAAAGAAUAUUAUAUUGAAAUCUUGCUGCAGGAGUACACAUUAAGUGCAUUUGUUGAUGUUGGACUGUACCAGUAUCAAAAUGUUUAUACUGAACAACAAACAGGAGAUGCAGUGAAUGAAGAACAAGUUAUCAAAUCCCAGUCAACAAUCAUCCAGGAAGUACAGGUUAUAACAUUAGAAAACUGGGAAACAACUAACGCAAUUAAUGAAGUUCAGAAGAUCAAGGUAACCAGCCCCUGUGUGGAAGCUAAUUCAUGUUCACCUUACCAAUACAGAUUAAUCUAUAAUAUGGAAAAAACUGUCUUCCUACCUGCUGAUGCUUCUGAAUUCAUACUGCAGUCAGCCUUGAAUGACCUCUGGUCUAUAAAACCAGACACAGUUCAAGUAACAAGAACACAGAAUCCCCAGAGCAAUAUCUACACGGUAACAUUCAUAUCAACUAGAGGAGAUUUUGAUCUGCUUGGUUAUGAAGUAGUUGAAGGGAAUAACGUCACACUGGAUAUUACAGAACAAACCAAAGGAAAACCCAACUUGGAGACAUUCACCCUGAAUUGGGAUGGGAUCGCUUCUAAGCCACUCACUCCAUGGUCAUCAGAGGCUGAAUUUCAGGGAGCAGUGGAAGAAAUGGUUAGCAGUAAGUGUCCACCACAAAUUGCAAAUUUUGAAGAAGGAUUUGUUGUGAAAUACUUCAGAGACUAUGAAACUGAUUUUAAUCUGGAACAUAUUAACAGAGGGCAGAAGACAGCUGAAACUGAUGCUUACUGUGGUCGUUAUUCCCUGAAAAACCCAGCUGUCCUUUUUGACUCAGCAGAUGUUAAACCAAACAGACGACCAUAUGGGGACAUUUUAUUGUUUCCUUAUAAUCAGUUAUGUUUAGCAUACAAAGGAUUCCUGGCAAAUUAUAUUGGUCUAAAAUUCCAGUACCAAGACAAUAGCAAGAUUACUAGAAACACCGAUAUACAAUUUACAUACGACUUUGCUCAUGGAAACAACUGGACUUACACUUGCAUAGACAUUCUGGAUCUCAUAAGAACAAAGUACACUGGGACAAAUGUUUCUCUUCAAAGGAUUAGUUUACAGAAAGCAUCAGAAUCACAAUCCUUCUAUGUGGAUGUAGUGUACAUUGGACAAACAGCUACAAUCUCAACAUUGGAUGAAAUGCCCAAGAGAAGACUUCCUGCAUUAGCAAAUAAAGGAAUAUUCUUAGAGCACUUUCAGGUGAAUCGGACCAAAACAAAUGGGCCAACUAUGACAAUCCAAUAUUCUGUCACCAUGACUUCAUACAACUGCAGUUACAAUAUACCCAUGAUGGCUGUGAGCUUUGGGCAGAUAAUCACACAUGAGACAGAGAACGAGUUUGUCUACAGAGGAAAUAAUUGGCCAGGCGAGUCAAAAAUUCAUAUUCAAAGAAUUCAAGCUGCAUCUCCACCUCUAAGUGGCAGCUUUGACAUUCAAGCUUAUGGACAUAUUCUCAAAGGCCUUCCCGCUGCUGUGUCAGCUGCAGAUCUGCAGUUUGUGCUCCAGAGUCUGGAGGGAUUGAGAAGAGUCUCAGUUACACGCGAGGGAACCUGUGCUGGCUACGCAUGGAACAUCAAGUGGAGAAGCACCUGUGGAAAGCAGAAUCUUCUACAGAUUAAUGAUUCCAACAUUAUUGGAGAAAAGGCUAAUAUGACAGUCACAAGGAUAAAGGAAGGUGGCUUAUUCAGACGACACAUACUUGGAGACCUACUUCGUACACCCAGUCAACAGCCACAGGUUGAAGUCUAUGUCAAUGGAAUUCCAGCUAAAUGUUCAGGUGACUGUGGGUUUACAUGGGAUUCCGACAUUACUCCCCUAGUCUUGGCAACAAGCCCUUCUCAAGGGUCCUAUGAAGAAGGCACAGUUCUAACCAUAGUGGGUUCUGGAUUUUCUCCUAGUUCAGCUAUAUCAGUCUCAGUUGGACCAGUAGGUUGUUCUCUUCUUUCUGUGGAUGAAAAAGAGAUCAAGUGCCAGAUUCUGAAUGGAAGUGCUGGACAUGCCCCAGUUGCUGUGUCCAUAGCUGAUGUUGGACUAGCACAGAAUGUAGGGGGUGAACAGUUCUACUUUGUUUAUCAGAGUCAGAUCUCACAUAUCUGGCCUGAUUCUGGAAGCCUAGCAGGUGGUACGCUACUGACUUUAUCUGGAUUUGGCUUUAAUGAAAAUUCAAAAGUAUUAGUUGGAAAUGAAACCUGUAAUGUGAUUGAAGGGGAUUUGAAUAGGAUAACCUGCAGGACACCAAAAAAAACUGAGGGUAUAGUUGAUAUUUCAGUUACUACCAAUGGAUUUCAAGUCACAGCAGGGGAUGCUUUUAGUUACAAUUGUUUACAGACGCCAAUUAUAACUGAUUUUAGUCCAAAAGUAGGAACAAUACUAGGAGAAGUUAAUUUAACAAUUAAGGGCUAUAAUUUUGGAAAUGAACUCACACAAAACGUGGCGGUGUAUGUUGGAGGAAAAACCUGCCAGAUUCUUCACUGGAACUUCACAGAUAUUAGAUGCCUUUUGCCCAAGUUGUCUCCUGGAAAACAAGAUAUCCACGUAGAAGUCAGAAACUGGGGUUUUGCAUCAAUAAGAGACAAAUUAAAUUCUUCAAUACAGUAUGUUUUGGAAGUGACCAGCAUGUUUCCACAAAGAGGCUCCUUGUUUGGUGGAACUGAAAUCACCAUAAGGGGUUUUGGAUUCAGCACAAUACCAGCUGACAAUACCGUGCUGUUAGGGUCCAUCCCUUGCAAUGUUACAUCAUCAUCAGAAAAUGUCAUAAAAUGUAUUCUUCAUUCAACUGGGAAUAUAUUCAGGAUUACUAACAAUGGGAAAGAUUCAGUACAUGGAUUAGGUUAUGCCUGGUCACCAUCAGUCCUAAAUGUGUCUGUAGGGGACACAGUGGCAUGGCAUUGGCAAACACAUCCAUUUCUUAGAGGGAUAGGAUAUAGGGUUUUUUCUGUCUCCAGUCCUGGAAGUGUAAUUUAUGAUGGCAAAGGAUUCACAAAUGGAAGACAAAAAUCUACAUCAGGUUCAUUUUCUUACCAAUUUACUUCACCUGGAAUCCAUUAUUAUAGCAGCGGGUACGUUGAUGAGGCUCACUCCAUUUUUCUCCAAGGAGUCAUUAAUGUUUUACCAGCUGAAACCAGGCACAUUCCCCUGCACCUGUUUGUGGGUAGCUCUGAAGCCACAUAUGCUCAUGGAGGACCUGAGAACUGGCACUUGGGAAGCUCUGUGGCAGGUUGCUUAGCAACAGAACCCCUGUGCGACCUGGACAAUACCAGGGUUAAAAAUUCAAAAAGAUUGCUAUUUGAGGUUUCAAGUUGUUUUUCACCAUCUAUAAGCAACAUUACACCAUCCACUGGAACAGUAAAUGAACUAAUAACAAUUAUUGGACAUGGCUUUAGUAAUCUCACAUGUGCUAAUAAGGUUACAAUUGGUAGCUACCCCUGUGUCGUAGAAGAAAGUAGUGAGGAUUCAAUUACAUGUCAUAUUGACCCUCAAAACUCAAUGGAUGUUGGUAUCAGGGAAAUUGUCACUUUGACUGUCUACAACUUGGGCACUGCUAUCAAUACGUUGUCCAAUGAAUUUGAUAGGCGAUUUGUGCUUUUGCCAAACAUUGACCUGGUGUUGCCAAAUGCAGGAUCAACUACAGGAAUGACAAGAGUGACCAUAAAAGGCUCUGGAUUUGCAGUUUCUUCUGCAGGUGUAAAAGUCCUUAUGGGUCAUUUCCCAUGUAAAGUUCUAUCAGUGGAUUAUACAUCCAUUGAAUGUGAAACAUCCCCUGCUGCCCAACAGCUUGUGGAUGUAGAUCUUCUAAUACAUGGAGUGCCUGCCCAGUGCCAGGGAAACUGCACCUUUUCAUAUUUAGAAAGCAUCACUCCUUAUAUAACAGGAGUCUUCCCAAACUCUGUCAUAGGGUCUGUAAAAGUUCUUAUUGAAGGAGAAGGUUUGGGGACUGUUUUGGAGGACAUUGCUGUUUUCAUUGGAAAUCAACAGUUCAGAGCAAUAGAGGUUAAUGAAAACAACAUCACUGCUCUUGUGACUCCUCUCCCAGUUGGACAUCAUUCUCUUAGUGUUGUGGUGGGAAGUAAAGGCUUGGCUCUGGGAAACCUGACUGUCAGCAGCCCCCCAGUAGCAUCUCUAUCACCAACUUCUGGAAGCAUUGGUGGUGGAACUACAUUGGUGAUCACAGGAAAUGGCUUCUAUCCAGGCAACACUACAGUCACUAUUGGGGAUGACCCUUGUCAAAUUAUUUCCAUCAACCCCAAUGAAGUCAACUGCCGCACUCCCGCUGGGACCACUGGAAUGGUCGGUGUUAAAAUCUUUGUUAAUACAAUUGCUUAUCCACCUUUGCUUUUUACAUAUGCCCUGGAGGAUACUCCAUUUCUCAGAGGAAUUAUCCCAAGCAGAGGUCCACCAGGAACUGAAAUUGAGAUCACCGGAUCCAACCUUGGCACUGAGAUCUUGGAAAUCUCGGUGAUGAUAAAUAACAUUCAAUGUAAUGUAACCAUGGCCAAUGAUAGUGUGUUGCAGUGCAUCGUGGGAGAUCAUGCUGGGGGCACAUUUCCUGUUAUGAUGCAUCAUAAGACAAAAGGCUCAGCUGUGUCCACAGUUGUAUUUGAGUACCCGCUUAAUAUUCAAAAUAUUAAUCCAAGCCAAGGGAGUUUUGGUGGGGGUCAAACCAUGACUGUGACAGGCACCGGAUUUAAUCCACAAAAUUCAAUUAUAUUAGUUUGUGGCUCAGAAUGUGCAAUUGACAGGCUUAGAUCUGAUUACACAACAUUAUUAUGUGAAAUUCCAUCUAAUAAUGGCACGGGAGCUGAGCAAGCCUGUGAAGUGAGUGUGGUUAAUGGGAAAGAUUUGUCACAGUCAGUGACUCCGUUUACAUACGCAGUGUCACUGACUCCACUCAUCACUGCAGUGUCUCCCAGGAGAGGCAGUACAGCAGGCGGAACCAGACUGACAGUCAUGGGAUCAGGAUUCAGUGAAAAUGUAGAGGAUGUUCAUAUCAGUAUAGCUGAGGCCAAAUGUGAUGUUGAGUAUUCCAACAAGACACACAUCAUCUGCGUGACAGAUGCCCAUACUCCCUCAGGGUGGGCUCCAGUUCGUGUCCACAUCAGAGGUGUCGGCAUGGCCAAACUGGAUAAUGCUGACUUUCUUUAUAUUGAUGCUUGGUCCUCCAAUUUCUCAUGGGGGGGACAAUCUCCCCCAGAAGAAGGGUCUCUUGUUGUUAUUACAAAAGGACAGACCGUUCUGCUGGAUCAAAGCACACCUAUUUUGAAAAUGUUGCUUAUUCAGGGUGGAACUCUAAUAUUUGAUGAAGCUGACAUUGAACUCCAGGCAGAAAAUAUUCUAAUUACAGAUGGAGGCAUUCUUCAGAUUGGGACAGAGACAUCCCCAUUCCAACACAAGGCUGUCAUUACCUUGCAUGGGCACCUGCGAUCUCCUGAGCUUCCUGUCUAUGGUGCCAAAACACUGGCUGUGCGGGAGGGAAUCCUGGAUCUGCACGGUGUGCCUGUUCCUGUGAUCUGGACUCGCUUGGCUCAUACUGCAAAGGCAGGGGAAAGAAUUUUAAUUUUACAAGAAGCAGUAACAUGGAAGCCAGGAGAUAACAUUGUAAUUGCAAGCACAGGACACAGACACAGUCAAGGAGAGAAUGAAAAAAGGACCAUUGCGGCUGUAUCUGCUGAUGGCAUAAACAUAACACUAAGUAAUCCACUAAAUUACACACACUUAGGAAUUACGGUCACACUCCCUGAUGGAACUCUGUUUGAAGCAAGAGCAGAAGUUGGAAUUCUUACAAGAAAUAUUUUAAUAAGAGGAUCUGAUAAUGUUGAGUGGAAUAACAAAAUUCCAGCGUGUCCUGAUGGAUUUGACACAGGAGAAUUUGCUACACAGACCUGUCUCCAAGGAAAGUUUGGAGAAGAAAUAGGAAGUGACCAAUUUGGAGGCUGUAUUAUGUUUCAUGCUCCUGUACCUGGUGCUAACAUGGUAACUGGGAGAAUAGAAUAUGUAGAGGUAUUCCAUGCUGGCCAGGCUUUCCGGUUGGGGCGAUAUCCAAUACAUUGGCACCUGCUUGGAGAUUUACAGUUUAAAUCUUACGUAAGAGGCUGUGCAAUUCACCAGGCCUAUAACAGAGCUGUUACUAUCCAUAACACACACCAUCUUCUGGUUGAGAGGAAUAUUAUAUAUGAUAUUAAGGGAGGAGCAUUUUUUAUAGAAGAUGGUAUUGAACAUGGCAAUAUCCUCCAGUAUAACUUGGCAGUAUUUGUACAGCAAAGUACCAGUCUACUGAAUGAUGAUGUGACCCCGGCUGCGUUUUGGGUCACCAACCCAAACAAUACCAUACAACACAAUGCUGUUGCUGGCGGCACUCACUUUGGCUUUUGGUACCGGAUGAACAACCACCCUGAUGGGCCAUCCUAUGACAGAAACAUUUGUCAAAAAACAGUUCCCCUUGGCAAAUUUUUUAACAAUACCGUCCAUUCUCAAGGUUGGUUUGGAAUGUGGAUCUUUGAGGAAUAUUUCCCCAUGCAAACGGGAUCUUGUACGUCUACCGUGCCUGUGCCUGCAAUAUUUAACUCACUUACUACUUGGAAUUGUCAAAAAGGAGCUGAAUGGGUCAAUGGAGGUGCCCUUCAGUUCCAUAACUUUGUGAUGGUGAAUAACUAUGAGGCUGGAAUCGAGACUAAGAGGAUCCUGGCUCCUUAUGUUGGAGGGUGGGGAGAAACCAAUGGAGCAGUGAUUAAAAAUGCCAAAAUAGUUGGCCAUCUUGAUGAACUGGGAAUGGGGUCUGCAUUUUGCACAACAAAAGGCCUGGUUCUCCCAUUUAGUGAAGGCUUGACUGUAUCUUCUGUGCACUUUAUGAACUUUGACCGUCCCAACUGUGUAGCUUUGGGAGUGACAUCCAUCUCUGGAGUUUGUAAUGACAGAUGUGGGGGUUGGAGUGCAAAGUUUGUUGACAUCCAGUAUUUUCACACACCAAACAAGGCCGGCUUUCGCUGGGAACAUGAAAUGGUAUUGAUUGAUGUUGAUGGCUCACUUACAGGGCACAAAGGACAUACCGUCAUUCCACACAGCUCAUUGCUAGACCCUUCUCAUUGUACUCAGGAAGCUGAGUGGAGCAUCGGGUUCCCUGGAUCAGUCUGUGAUGCUUCAGUCAGCUUUCACCGUUUAGCGUUCAACCAGCCUUCUCCAGUAUCUCUGCUUGAAAAGGAUGUGGUUCUUUCAGACUCUUUUGGCACAAGCAUUAUUCCAUUUCAGAAGAAACGACUGACUCAUAUGUCUGGGUGGAUGGCUCUGAUUCCAAAUGCAAAACACAUUAACUGGUAUUUUAAAGGUGUGGAUCACAUAACCAACAUUUCAUAUACAUCAACAUUUUAUGGAUUUAAGGAAGAAGACUAUGUAAUUAUAUCACAUAACUUCACUCAAAAUCCUGAUAUGUUUAAUAUUAUUGAUAUGAGGAAUGGUUCCUCAAAUCCAUUGAAUUGGAAUACUAGCAAGAAUGGAGACUGGCACCUUGAAGCAAACACUAGUACUCUAUAUUAUUUGGUGUCAGGAAGAAAUGACCUUCAUCAGAGUCAGCCCAUUUCUGAGAACCUGGACCCUGAUGUGAAAGACGUUGUUAUUAAUUUCCAAGCUUACUGUUGUAUUCUCCAGGAUUGCUUUCCUGUACAUCCCCCAUCAAGAAAACCAAUUCCCAAGAAGCGACCAGCCACGUAUAAUUUAUGGUCAAAUGAUUCUUUUUGGCAAUCAUCACAAGAAAAUAAUUAUACUGUACCUCACCCAGGGGCAAAUGUGAUUAUACCUGAAGGAACAUGGAUUGUAGCUGACAUAGAUAUGCCAUCAAUGGAAAGACUCAUUAUUUGGGGGGUUCUAGAACUGGAAGAUAAAUAUAAUGUAGGAGCUGCAGAAUCUUCUUACAGAGAAGUUGUUUUGAAUGCUACCUACAUAUCACUGCAGGGAGGUAGAUUAAUCGGUGGCUGGGAAGAUAACCCUUUUAAAGGAGACUUAAAGAUUGUUCUGAGAGGAAAUCAUACUACCCCAGACUGGGCUCUUCCAGAAGGACCAAAUCAAGGGGCAAAGGUCUUAGGGGUGUUUGGUGAGCUAGAUCUUCAUGGAAUUCCACGUUCAAUAUAUAAAACUAAGCUCUCAGAAACUGCAGAUGCAGGUUCCAACGUCCUGUCUCUGAUGGAUGCUGUGGAUUGGCAGGAGGGAGAAGAGAUUGUGAUAACAACCACAAGCUAUGAUUUCCACCAGACAGAAACAAGAAGUAUCGUUAAAAUCCUGCAUGAUCAUAAAAUUCUCAUUCUUAAUGAUAGCCUUUCCUAUACUCACUUGGCUGAAAAAUACCAUGUCCCUGGAACUGGUGAGAGCUACAUGUUAGCAGCUGAUGUUGGGAUACUGAGUAGGAACAUCAAAAUAAUUGGUGAAGAUUACCCAGGUUGGUCCGAGGACUCUUUUGGAGCACGCAUACUGGUUGGCUCAUUCACUGAAAACAUGAUGACAUUUAAAGGAAAUGCAAGAAUAAAUAAUGUGGAAUUUUAUCACAGUGGUCAAGAAGGCUUCAGGGAUAGCACAGAUCCAAGAUAUGCUGUAACGUUUCUUAACCUAGGACAGAUUCAAGAACACGGUUCAUCCUAUAUUCGAGGCUGUGCUUUUCACCAUGGCUUCUCUCCAGCAAUUGGUGUAUUUGGGACAGAUGGAUUGGACAUAGAUGACAACAUAAUUUACUUUACAGUGGGAGAAGGUAUAAGAAUAUGGGGGAAUGCCAACCAAGUCCGAGGGAAUUUGAUUGCACUUUCGGUUUGGCCAGGAACCUAUCAGAACAGAAAAGAUUUAAGUUCAACUCUCUGGCAUGCAGCAAUUGAGAUAAAUAAAGGGACCAAUACAGUUUUACAGAAUAAUGUAGUUGCUGGAUUUGGAAGAGCAGGAUACCGCAUUGAUGGUGAACCUUGCCCAGGCCAGUUUAAUCCCGUGGAAAAGUGGUUUGACAAUGAAGCCCAUGGGGGUUUAUAUGGUAUCUAUAUGAACCAAGAUGGCCUUCCUGGAUGUUCUCUUAUACAAGGAUUUACCAUUUGGACAUGCUGGGAUUAUGGAAUUUAUUUUCAGACCACAGAGAGUGUGCACAUUUAUAAUGUGACCCUGGUUGACAAUGGAAUGGCCAUUUUUCCAAUGAUUUACAUGCCAGCUGCUAUAUCACACAAAAUUUCCAGUAAAAAAGUACAAAUUAAGAGCUCAUUAAUUGUUGGAAGUAGCCCUGGGUUUAAUUGCUCUGAUGUCCUAACUAAUGAUGAUCCCAAUAUUGAACUCACUGCUGCUCAUCGGAGUCCUAGAUCUCCAUCAGGUGGGAGAAGUGGGAUUUGUUGGCCUACCUUUGCUUCAGCUCAUAACAUGGCACCCCGAAAGCCCCAUGCAGGGAUCAUGAGUUACAAUGCCAUCAGUGGCCUUUUGGACAUCUCAGGUUCCACAUUUGUUGGAUUUAAGAAUGUUUGUUCAGGGGAAACUAAUGUUAUAUUCAUUACUAACCCUUUAAAUGAAGAUUUACAGCAUCCAAUCCAUGUGAAGAAUAUAAAACUGGUUGACACUACUGAACAAUCAAAAAUAUAUAUACAUAGGCCUGAUAUAAGUAAAGUCAAUCCAUCUGAUUGUAUAGACAUGGUUUGUGAUGCCAAGAGGAAAUCUUUUCUUAGAGACAUAGAUGGCUCCUUUCUGGGGAGUGCUGGUUCUGUGAUACCUCAAGCAGAAUAUGAAUGGGAUGGAAACAGCCAAGUAGGAAUUGGAGACUACAGAAUUCCUAAGGCGAUGCUCACGUUCUUGAAUGGAAGUAGAAUUCCUGUCACAGAGAAAGCACCUCAUAAAGGAAUUAUUAGAGAUUCAACCUGUAAGUACAUUCCAGAGUGGCAGAGCUAUCAGUGCUUUGGGAUGGAAUAUGCAAUGAUGGUUAUUGAAAGUCUGGAUCCUGACACAGAAACUCGAAGACUUUCCCCAGUGGCUAUAAUGGGCAAUGGUUAUGUUGAUCUCAUUAAUGGCCCACAGGAUCAUGGCUGGUGUGCUGGAUAUACAUGCCAGAGAAGGCUAUCCCUGUUUCACAGCAUUGUGGCUCUGAACACAUCUUAUGAAGUUUACUUCACUGGCACCAGUCCUCAGAAUCUUCGACUGAUGUUGCUUAAUGUUGACCAUAAUAAGGCUGUUCUAGUAGGAAUUUUCUUUUCCACACUUCAACGUUUGGAUGUCUAUGUGAACAACUCAUUGGUCUGUCCAAAAAAUACAAUAUGGAAUGCCCAGCAGAAACACUGUGAACUUAAUAACCAUCUGUACAAAGACCAAUUUCUUCCUAACCUGGAUUCCACUGUCCUUGGUGAAAACUACUUUGAUAGAACCUACCAGCUGCUUUAUCUUUUGGUUAAAGGAACUAUACCUGUUGAAAUUCACACUGCCACAGUGAUAUUUGUUUCUUUCCAAUUACCUGCUGCAACAGAAGAUGACUUUUAUACCUCUCACAAUCUGGUUAGAAAUCUUGCCUUGUUCCUAAAGAUACCAAGUGACAAAAUCCGUAUCAGCAAAAUGAUAAGAGGGAAGAGUCUGAGAAGGAAGAGAUCCAUGGAAUUCAUAAUUGAAAUAGAGAUUGGAAACCCUCCUAUUCAGUUCUUAAGCAAUGGCACCACAGGUCAGAUGCAAUUAUCUGAACUCCAGGAAAUUGCUGGUUCUCUUGGACAAGCUGUAAUUUCAGGAAAAAUCAGUAGUAUCCUUGGAUUUAACAUUUCAUCCAUGACUAUUACUAAUCCCCUCCCCAGACCAAGUGACUCUGGCUGGAUUAAGGUAACUGCCCAGCCAGUUGAAAGGUCUGCGUUUCCUGUUCAUCAUGUGGCCUUCGUGUCCUCACUCUUAGUGAUCACUCAGCCGGUGGCAGCACAGCCGGGACAGCCGUUUCCUCAGCAGCCUUCGGUAAAGGCAACAGAUUCUGACGGUAACUGUGUAUCAGUUGGAAUUACUGCACUAACUUUGAGGGCCAUACUCAAGGACUACAAUAAUAACCAAGUCAAUGGCCUUAGUGGAAAUACAACAAUUCCGUUUAGCAGCUGUUGGGCCAAUUACACAGACCUUACUCCCCUUAGAACAGGAAAAAAUUACAAGAUUGAAUUUAUACUGGAUAACGUUGUUUGGGUAGAAUCCAGAACUUUCAGUCUGCUGGCAGAGUCUGUCUCUAGCAGCAGCAGUGGCAGCAGCAGCAGCAACAGCAAAGCAUCAACUGUGGGUACAUAUGCCCAGAUAAUGACUGUAGUAAUUAGCUGUCUGAUUGGAAGAAUGUGGCUCUUGGAAAUAUUUAUGGCUGCAGUUUCAACUUUGAAGAUAACUUUAAGAAGCUACUAAAGGACUGUUCUGAAGAAUAGGCUGAAAACAAAAAUAUAAGAAUUAUUAGCUAUUUUUUUGGGCAACAGACAAAAGUCUAUAGCAUUUUCAUGAAAAUAUACUAAAAAUAUUUUUAUAAUAUAUACAAUGUACUAAUUAGCUUUAAACACUAAAAUCAGAUUUCUUCAAAAUAUAAAUUUGUUUUGAUUCUUUAUAUUGGUAUGUUCUUAUUUCAUUUUAAUAAACUUCCAGAAAUCUGUUAUUUGGAAGUAGAUAUGACACCUCUAAGUUAUUGUACCAACAAAUCCUAGAAUCCUUUAAAUAAUGGAAAGAGCUUGUCAAGUUUGGACUUAAGAAGCUCUUAACAUCAGAUUGGAAGCAUUUUAAGUACUCUUUUUAAUACUUGCGGGGUGGGGGGGCGUUCUUAUUUUCUCUAUCCAUUUAUAAGGCUUUGAUUUCCAACAAUGUAAGCCAUUCUAGUUUCUAAUGAUUUUGGAAAGACAAGAUUGUUUUCACACAAUCUGAGAUGACAAUCUCAUCUCAGAUUUUUCACACUGAGUUGCUGUCUUUCAGAUUCACAGUAAUCCCAGGAAUCCUAGACUGUCCUGUAUUUCUGGAUCUGCCAAACUCUGGCCAAUAUUCUAAGAAAAGUUUUCUUGUCCUUGGAAUGAUCUUUUGGAAUAAGUCCAAACUUCUUCUCUGCCUACCCCUCCUUCCCACUCAAAACUGCCACUACGAAGAGCAUGACUCCCCUCAACCCCAGGCACCAGUUGAGGGUUGAGGGGUUCCUUUAACUGGUGGAUGCUUAUUCACUGUUUCCUGGAUGAAUGAAGCAUAAAGUGUGGGGAAGUCAACAACAGAACAGAACAGACUUAUUUUCAAGAAGAUAAAUUAGAGAAUGCAAAAAAGCUACAGACUAAUGUAGCUUAGUUAACCGAACUCUCUAAUACUAUUGAAAAUAGCAAUUCUUUACUCAGAAAAUUCUAAAGGGAAUACUCAGUUUGGCAGAACUCCUAAUAAAGACAUUGAAGCCAUAUCCAGAGCCUUCCAGCAAGUGACACUCAGCAAACAUUUGGGACAGCUGAGAGAAUUCAACAAAGCCCAUACCUUUAUCUCUUGUAUACCAUUUCCUAGUACAUUCACUUCAGAUCAUUGUUAAUCUUACUUAGCAGAAAACAUAUAAACACUUACUAGGUGGUAAAAUCAAAUAUCUUGGUAUAAAUGUGGCAUUUCAUUCAUGUGAGCAGUAUCUAUUUGGUGUUCUAGUAAGUAGGAAGGCUACAAGAAAUAACAUGCUAUGCCUUCCCUCGAAGAGUUUUCAGGAUAUUUGGGGAAAGAAUGGAAACAGACCAUUUCAAUACAACAUGGAUCACUGUCUCAGGGAGAGACAGACAGAGAGACAGAGACAGAGAGAGGGGGAGAGAGAGAGAGAAAGCAUGAGGUUGCUAGCAUUUUGGAGUUCUUAAGCCUUGUUCAGGAGAGCUACCUAGAAGGGCAGUCGAAGAAAAUUGGGAGAGGACCACUGAAGGCCUAGGGGCUACGCAAAAAGUUCACACGAACAGCUGCAAAGGAAAUAGUCACAACUUUAAAGGAAUUGUAGGUAAGUGAUCCCUGACAAGGUAGUCCUCAAAGUAAUACAUGAAAGCCCCUUCAUGAGGAACAUUUGCCAUGUCCAGAGAGCAUUGAUUGUACAGCACCAGGUAACAGAGCACUUUUUUACUCCCCUCAGUUCCAACCCUGGUGGAGUGAAAAACCUCUGUUCCUGGGAUAGGCAGGGGGAAAGAGACCCAACAUGGGCCAUUUCAUGCUAAGACUUAAAAAUCAGUCUUCCUAAAGCAAAUCCAGUUUACUGUUCAUUCCAUGAUACUUCCUUUCUGUUAGAAAACUAAAUUCCAAAAACUGCAAUUCCAGCAUCUAUGGAACAAAUUCCUACAUUUGGGUUCUGGAAGAGAUACAAAAAUAUUCUUCACACCAGAACAUUGUAAAAGCCAUAAAAUUGUCCACCAUUUGUAUUCUUUUCUUACCUAAAGGUUUAAUUCAGCCCAUUGGAGUUUUUUUGUCAAGAUAUUUUCUGUCAGUUUUUAAUAAGGAAAUUUUCUAAUACAAGUUAUAUGGCAGUAAAAGGAAUUUCUAAAAAUUGUUUCUUAGCCACAGACUUUGUUAAAAAGUUCCUGAUUUAACUGCUUUAGGUUUCUGGCUGUCUGCUUUUUAAGAACUUUCUAGAAUAAUCAUAAUACAUAAUUGCUUAUUCCAGAUAAAUUACAAUUUAAUUACUACUUUUAAAAAUGUUUGAAUUAUUGGAAUCCAUGGGCAGUAUGGCUUCCCAUAUCCCUUAUUCAUAUGCUAAGCAACUUUUAUUUUUGCUUUUAAAUUUUUUUGCAUUUAAAUAAUAUUUCUCUGAACAUUCCUGUCUUAGAAAUUAAUGUUUAAAUUCUUAAAAUAUUUUUUAUUGUAAGAAGUGACUAUCUAGCUCUUGAACAAGUAAUAAAAAUCCUUUGGUGUGUGAAUGCUCUUCUAUCUAAGACCUGAAAUAUUGGUGAAGUAAAUAUAUUGUUCCAAUUUUGGUCAAAGAAAGAAACAGAGAAUAAGAAGUUAAUAAGAAUA